AUGACAAAACGCCGCUGGCGAGUCCACAUCUUCUUCCGUGACGAUAUCAGCACAUAUGGACAUCUGGACGCACGCCUACCACUGAGGAAGCGUCGUGUCAUUCUCGGGAGACCAUACCGUGUGAGAAUGAGACCCUCCUAUGAAGAUGCUCGUCAGCGUCCAGUGUCACAGCGUUAUGAAGACAGCAAUGAGACCCACCUCUCGCCUAAUUAUCUUGGUAAUGGGCUGCCAAUAUUGCUCAUCAUCUGGUACACACUCCGACGAGAGAAGGAAGGAACCAAACAAUCCGAUCCAGUCGUCAACGACUACGGUCAAUCCCAAUCGUCAUCGUCAUCUUCUUCCUCAUCGCUGUCACCCAAUUUCUUGUUCCGCUCCAGGAGCGCGGCUGCCAGCGCGGCCGUCAGGUCGCCGCCGCCUCCACCGCCCCCGCUCGAGGAAGCGCUCUCCUCCGCGGGGGGCGAUGUCGGACGCGCGGGUGUUGCGUUCGGGUCUGUCUUUCGCAACAUGUGCACGCCAGCACUUUGUAUAGAUGCGAGCAGUGCGUCGCGUCUGGGCGCUGGGGCGGGCAAGCCGGCAGAUGGGCCAUGUGAACUGCCAGCUGGAUGGGUCGGUGGCGGCGGAGGAGGCGUCGCAGGUGUGCCCUCCUCUCCCCAGUUUGAUUUAGCUUUGCGAGGAAUAACUGGUGUCGGCUAUUCUUAG